AUGAAAAAGCCAAUUCAUAAGGUUUUUGCUAUUAUACUCGCUCUAUCAUCGGUUGAUAGUGUGCAACCGCCGGCAAUAAAUCCUAGCCUGCUGUCACAGUCUACAUCAAUCGGAGAGUGCCAGUCCUGUAAGUUAUUUGUAGAUUCUUUCAAAAAAGGCAUAGAAAGGACUUCUAGAGGCAAAUUUGAAGGAGGUGAUGCAGCUUGGGAAGAACAAAAGCUUAUAUCUUAUAAACAUAGUGAGGUCAGAUUAGUUGAUAUUCAAGAAAGAAUGUGCAACGAGUAUUCUAAAUAUGCUGUUCAAUGUCACCAUAUGGCUGAAAAAGCUGAGGAAUUUAUAGAGGAGUGGUGGGCUCAGAACCCCGAUGAAUCAACUGACUUAUAUGUUUAUAUCUGUAUAGAGAAAUUAAAAUUAUGUUGCCCAAAACACCAUUAUGGUAAAGAUUGCACACCUUGUCCAGGUGAUCACACUAAUCUUUGUAGUGGAAAUGGUAAAUGUAGAGGUGAUGGAACCAGGAAAGGCAAUGGAACAUGUCUAUGUGACGAAGGUUACUCGGGUGUGAAUUGUGAGGAUUGUGCAAUUGGAUAUUAUUUAUCUUACAAGGAUGAUAAUAAAAUGUUGUGUUCCGAGUGCCAUCCGUCAUGUAUGGGAGGAUGUCGUAAAGGUUCACAAAGAGACUGUACAGCUUGUAAGCCUGGAUUUACUUUUGACCCAGAAAAAGGAUGUCGUGAUAUAAAUGAAUGUAAGGAUGGUAAUCAUUGUGAAAGAAAUCAAUAUUGCCUUAAUUCCCUUGGAUCAUUUACCUGCAUGGAUUGUGACAAAUCAUGUGAAGACUGUUAUGAUUCUGGACCAGAUAGUUGUCAGACUUGUGCAAAAGGUUUUGAAAAAAAAGAUGAUGUUUGUGUAUCUGAUGGAAACGACCAUGUGUCAGUGAGAGAAUCUAUAACAAGGUACGUCACUUAUAUUGGACUACUUGUGGCAACUGGCAUUGUGUUUCUCAUGUCAAACUCACUGGGUGUUGUGGUGGGUUUCAGUGUGCUUUGCUACAUAACAGGCGCAGAAUACUAUUGCAUGAUCAAUGGACACACAGGACUAGUGAAUCUUAAUGACUAUGACUUGUUCCAAAUACUUCGUACA